UGUGGUAUUCAGGUUCAGUCACCAAAGGAACAUGGAAACUUACUCAGUGAUUCAUUGCAGGGCCUCAGAAAUUGUACAGAUUUUUCUAGAGAUUUUGUGGAUGAAAAAAGGAAGUCAAAGCUGCUGACCAGCCAUUGAGUUCAGCAGAAAAAUGUGUGUAUUGUCCAGGUUAAAACCGAAAUUUUUCCAUGUAGUAACAGUAAUUCAUUUUAUAGAGAUAAUCUUACAGUGUCUACCCAGAAAUUUGAGAGCAAGUAGUAGAAUUUCUGUCAGACUUCUUCCCAUUAUUCUUUUGAACUUUGUAGUGUCACAUGUACACUUGAAAUAGAAAAAAAAAGAAUGCUGUCUUAAUGUUGGUUUAGCUACAAGGAAGAUGCUGUUCCCUGGUAAGAAAGUUAGUAGAGCAAGUUUCAGUAAUCUCAAAUUAAGAUUUCGAACUUUGAGGUUUUUGAGUGGUUAAUGAUGUAAUGCCUCACUGCAAGUGAGCUUUUGAAAAAGCUGGGUGCCUUUAGCAGUUCUCUUGUCUUGUUCUGUAGCACUUCAGUUAGGAUGGCAGCUUCAGUAGAAAGCAUCAGAAGGCAAAACCUUUGUGAAGAGGAGCUGCUGAGGGCAAAAGGGUUGUCGGUGCCCGAGCCAUGGCCACACUUAUUCUCAAGUCCCUGAGCGGCCCACCCUGGGGAAUACAGACUAUGCAUUUGAGAUGGCCAUUUCAAACAUCCGAUAUGGAGAAGGAGUUACAAAAGAGAUUGGCAUGGACCUGCAGAAUCUUGGUGCUAGAAGAGUUUGUGUGAUGACAGAUAAAAACCUCUCCAAACUCCCUCCUGUAAAUGCAGUAUUGAAUUCCUUGGCAAAAUAUGGUAUAAACUUUCAAAUGUAUGAUAAUGUCCGUGUGGAGCCAACAGACCAAAGUUUCCUGGAUGCCAUUCAGUUUGCCAAAAAGGGAGAGUUUGAUGCCUAUGUUGCUGUUGGAGGUGGGUCUGUAAUGGACACCUGUAAAGCUGCCAACCUGUAUGCAGCCAGCCCUUCAUCAGAAUUCCUGGAUUAUGUCAAUGCUCCUAUUGGAAAAGGGAAGCCUGUCACUGUGCCCCUCAAACCACUUAUUGCAGUUCCUACGACAUCUGGCACUGGGAGUGAAACCACUGGUGUUGCCAUUUUUGACUUCAAAGAACUAAAAGUUAAAACCGGUAUUGCUUCAAGAGCCAUUAAGCCAACGUUAGGCAUCAUUGAUCCUUUACACACACUGUCUAUGCCUGAACGAAUCGUGGCCAACAGUGGCUUUGAUGUGCUUUGCCAUGCCCUGGAAUCCUACACUGCUCUCCCUUACAACGAGCGCAGUCCCUGCCCUGCCAACCCCAUCGACCGCCCAGCCUACCAAGGCAGCAACCCUGUCAGCGAUGUCUGGGCUCUGCACGCUCUGCGUGUUGUCGCUAAAUAUCUGAAAAGAGCCAUCAGAGACCCUGAAGACCGUGAAGCAAGAGCCAACAUGCACCUGGCAAGUGCUUUUGCUGGUAUUGGCUUUGGAAAUGCUGGUGUUCAUCUCUGCCAUGGAAUGUCUUACCCUAUUUCUGGUUUGGUGAAAACUUAUAAACCAAAGGAUUAUAAUGUGGAUCACUCUUUAGUGCCACAUGGCCUUUCUGUGGUGCUGACAUCCCCAGCAGUGUUUGCUUUCACAGCACAGAUACAUCCUGAGCGGCAUUUAGAAGCUGCAGAGAUUCUAGGAGCUGACAUCCGCACUGCCAGAAUCAAAGAUGCGGGGCUUAUUUUGGCAGACACACUCCGGAAAUUCCUAUUUGAUCUGAAUGUUGAUGAUGGCUUAGCUGCAAUUGGUUAUUCCAAAGCAGACAUCCCUGCAUUAGUCAAAGGCACCCUGCCUCAGGAGAGAGUGACUAAACUAUCACCACGUCCCCAAACAGAAGAAGAUUUAUCUGCUCUCUUUGAGGCUUCCAUGAAACUUUAUUAGCUUAAAGAUUUUGUUCUGGAAAGUGUGGUCUAUUCUAACACAGGGGUAGUUUCUCAUAGAUAUGGGACUGAACUUGUUUAGAGCAUGGAAGAAUUUGGGUACCUUUGACUUCUGUUCCAUUGUACACUGCCAAAAGGUCAUGUAAUUCAUCUUUAACUAAACAGUGCUUUGAAGUGAG